AAAAUUCAUAAAACUGUUGAGUCAACCAAGCCAAAUACUUUCCCAACCGUCUAACUUAACAAACUUCACAAUGGCUGCCACGACAACACCAUUAACCACCAGUCUCCAAGUUGAAUCCAUCGUUUUUCCGUCGUCUGUCAAACCUCCCGGCUCGACCAAAUCUUUGUUCCUCGGUGGUGCUGGUGUGAGAGGUAUGGAAAUCCAAGGGAACUUUGUGAAGUUUACGGGAAUUGGUGUGUAUUUAGAGGAUAAAGCCAUUCCGUUACUCGCUGCUAAGUGGAAGGGCAAAACAUCUACUGAGUUGCUGGAUUCUGUUGAAUUCUUCCGGGAUAUUGUUACAGGCCCCUUUGAAAAAUUUACUCAGGUGACAAUGAUACUUCCAUUAACUGGUAAGCAAUACUCUGAGAAGGUAUCGGAAAUGUGUGUCGGAGUUUGGAAAGCUCAUGGGGUCUAUACAGACGCAGAUGGCACAACCAUUGAAAAGUUUCUUGAGGUUUUCAAGGAUGAAAACUUCCUGCCAGGCUCAUCUAUUCUCUUUACAACUUCGCCUCAUGGAUCACUGACGAUCAGCUUCUCGAAAGAUAGUACCAUCCCUGAAGCUGCGAAUGUAGUAUUAGAGAAUGAAAAAUUAUCACAAGCAGUGAUCGAGUCAGUGAUUGGGAAGAAUGGUGUUUCCCCAGCAACCAAACAAAGCUUGGCAUCAAGACUCUCUGAUCUCAUGAAAAAGUUUGAUGAGGAAUUAAGUGCAAGUGUGGAAGUGGUUUGUAAAUAGUUAAAUAAGGAUGUCAAAGAGGCAUGAACAUAAUGCAGUAUUAUCUGCAUAUGUGAUUAUGUGCUCUGCUAAAGCUUCUAAUAAGAUGUAACAUUUAACACAAGAACGUCUACAAUUUAAUUUACACGAUUUUUAUCAUUGUCCGACA